AUGACGCUCGAAGCGGACGGCGCGCUCGUCGGCGUCAUCGGCGACGAGGACACGGUGACCGGGUUCGUCCUCGCCGGCGUCGGCGACGUCGACGAGCGGCGGCGGCGGAACUUCCUCGUCGUGGACGACGACACCACCGAGGCGGCGAUACGAGAGAAGUUUAACGAGCUCGUCGCGCGUGGCGACGUCGCCGUGGUGCUCGUCUCGCAGCACGUCGCCGACCGCGUGCGACCGCUCCUCGACGCGCGCGCCGCGUCCGGCGCGACCGUCCCCGCGGUGCUGGAGAUCCCGUCGAAGGACGCGCCGUACGACGCGACGCGAGACGCCGUCUUAUCGCGCGCGCAGCGCGCGCUGGGACGAGGAGACGAGGACGAAGAACUCAGAGGAUGA